AUGCGACGAUUUUCGAUGAAAAUGAGCGACCGCGAGGCACAUGUGACAUGUGCCACGGGGUUUCGCGGUGGAUCCCAAAAACAAGAACAAGGACGACAAGCUCCGGUUUCUGUUCACGUACUUUGUCAAGGAUCUCAGAUAAACAUCAUUCCUGUUUCCCCCAACUGGAAACGUCCUUUUACGGAUAUUUUAUUUGGCUUGGGGUUUGAUCCCGCCAAGCCUCUGGGCUAUAAGAUUCUCAAGAUUCUCAUAGACUAUCGUGAUUUCGUAGCUUCUCCAAAGUUCAGAGCCGAACUGUACUCACUCGAAACCGGUUCUUGGAGGAAAAUCAAGUAUCCUUACCAGCAAGAGGGCAUCCCGACUAGCGGACUACCAGGUGUUCUCAUAGGCGGGUCUUAUUAUUGGGCAGUAAGUGCCAGCCCUAAUUCCAUCAUCUCAUUCGACUUUGCCAGUGAAAAGUUUUCCCGUCGCCUAAUUCCUUUUCCGGGGAAGAUUAGAUUUAGCAGAGAUUCUGAACAUCUUCUUGUUGAGAUUGAUGGCUCGCUUGCUAUUCUUCUUUUGACGGAUGACUUUGGUUAUGAUCAAGUGCCUUACUCCACUCUCGAAAUUUGGGUGUGGAAUGAUGAGUCUUGGUAUCUAAAGUCCAAAUUCAAGUUCCCUGUUGCCGUUAAUUAUGUUGUGGGCCUCUUUGAGAAUAAUAAAAUGUUUGUCCGGGACAUCACAGGCAAGGUGCUGCUUUUCGAUGUUGCAGAGCCUGGAUCGGUGGACAUCACAGGCAUCUGUACUACUGAUCCUAAGGUAAUUUCGAUGAUGCCGUAUGUUGAGAGUUGUGUUCCACUCAAUGCAUCAGAAUAA